CCUCUCUCUCACUUCACCACCCACCAAACGAACACAAUGUCCCAACACACGCUCCCCGAUCUCCCCUACGCCUAUGAUGCGCUUGAGCCCUACAUCUCGCGCCAGAUCAUGGAGCUUCACCACAAGAAGCACCAUCAGACCUACGUGACCGCGCUCAACGCUGCCGAGGCCAACUACGCCAAGGCCAGCUCUCCCAAGGAGCGCAUCGCCCUCCAGGCUGCCCUCCGUUUCAACGGUGGUGGCCACAUCAACCACUCUCUCUUCUGGAAGAACCUUGCGGGCUCCGCGGCCGAGGGCAAGGGCAACGGUGGCCAGCUCAAGCCCGGCCCGCUCAAGGAUGCCAUCGAUGAGGCUUUCGGCUCGCUGGACAACCUUAAGAAGGGGUUCAACGCGUCCACCGCUGCCAUCCAGGGCUCUGGCUGGGGCUGGCUCGGCCUCAACCCCCAGACGAAGCGCCUUGAGAUUACCACGACGGCCAACCAGGACCCGCUCCUGACGCACGCCCCCAUCAUCGGUGUUGAUAUCUGGGAGCACGCGUUCUACCUCCAAUACCUCAACGUCAAGGUCGACUACCUUAACGCGAUCUGGAAUGUGAUCAACUUCGACGAGGCCGAGACCCGGUACAAGGAGGCGAUCUCCGGCUCCAAGCUCUAAGUUAGCUUCGGCGGCGGAAUAGCGGGGGCUCAACGCAACGAAUAAACUGUAAAAGUGAAAUGCACCAUGUAUCAUUGUAACAUUCUCGGACUGCCUUGUCUCUCGCAAUGCCAUGCAGGUUGGAUCCAGAGGUUCUGAUAGCGCGCGACGAUUGUGUCCGAUUAGAUCAGCGGCCUACAGUGUGGAUUUCGGAACUCUGCUCGG